AUGCCGCAGCCACACUCGACUACCUCGCAUCUGACAACGUUUUUGAUCGUAUUCAUCUUCAUAAUCGCCCUAUUUCCAGGUCUCUUUGUCGGUAUAUUCUGGGCGCCCUACAACAGUCUCGCAAACUACCUUGUACCAACGCCACAACCGCGCAAAAGCAUAGUCUGCACAAGUCCGAAUAUUUGUGCUUCACCACCAAUCAUGUCUUGGUCACAGAAAUCUCUCACCCUUCCCAGCCGAUCGCGUGGCUCUUAUCUCAUAACCGACCACAUCCUGAAAGAAGUCCCCGAGAUUAAGAACUACAAGACCGGCCUACUCAACUUAUUCGUUCAACACACUUCUUGCGCGCUAUCCCUGAAUGAGAACUACGAUUCGGAUGUGCGCGCGGAUAUGAGCACGGCGCUGGAUCGCAUUGUGCCAGAAGACAAGAAGGGACAGGGACUGUACCUACAUGAUGCAGAGGGUAGUGACGAUAUGCCUGCGCAUGUGAAGUCUGCAUUGAUUGGCGCGAGCGUUACAAUUCCUAUCACAAAUGGAAGAUUGAAUACCGGCACAUGGCAAGGCAUCUGGUACCUCGAGUUCAGGGACUCGAAGCACACACGGAAGGUUGUUGCGACGAUUCAGGGUGAAAAGAUGUGA